UUCUGCAGCUUUUUUUGUGUUUGAUUCUUUGCUGAUCUCAAAAACAACAUGCCCCACGCUCGAAAUAGGAACCCCAGCCCCAUCCCAGAGGUAACAUGGGACACGGGAUUGAAGGAGAUGAACGAGACCUGGAAAGGAGCUAUAGCCUGUCUCGGGGUGGCCGUCUUCUUUGUCAUGACCAUCGGGAUCAUUUAUUGGCAAGUGGUGGACCAGCCCAACAAGAACUGGAUCCUCAGGGGGACUUUUAGCGGACUGAUCUGGGAGAGAAGAACCCACUCGCUGGUCAUACAGACCUUAACGGAGGACAAGACCUAUGUGGAGAUAGACGUCGGGAACGUGGGGAACCCCGACAUCGAGGUUCCCUUCGUGAGGAACCUGUGCUGGCUGAACAAGACCGAGUUCUGCUAUACGUGGGACUCGGUGGCCGAGGUGAAGAUCUCGCUGGAGGUGAAUGAGGAGACGGAGACGGAGUGCUACAGUAUGACUUGGGCGCCGGUGCACUGUCAUGUGGAGCUGAAGGAUUGCUUCUCCAUGACCAACGUGUCCUGGUACGGUGGUGCCAGUGUCCGGGGUCAGACCUGGCCUAUCAACGAUCAGAACGCCACCACGCAGCCCUUCAUUAUGAGCGAUCUUAAGGACAAUCCCUCCGGCUUCGGCUCUGCCCUGGAACGCUACUUCCUGGGCUCAUCAGGUGUCGCAGUGCUGGUGUCCCCUGAUAUUCCCCUGCAGCUGGGGGUGGACAGCAGACAGCAGUUCUGCCUGCAGUCGCUGCCCAGUAUGGAGCGUCUCCCUCUGCAGUACACCGUGUGUGUGGCCCACAAUGUGAAAGCUGCUCACCAGGAAGCGGUGCAACAACUUUCCCAGCACAGCAGGGAUCUGCCCAACAUGAACACGCUGUGGCUGCCGUUCUGGAAGCUGCUCUCCAGUGUGGAUUCAGGGCCGAAGGUGGAGAGGGAGCUGAGGACCUUCUCUAAUCGUCUGAGGAGACACCAGCUGGGGCAGGGAGUCAUCAGCCUCAAUGAACAUUCCACCACCCUCCUCUCCGAUAUGGACCAUGACUACCUCAACAGCAGGAAAAGGGGGAUGUCCAAGAGACUGACCAGGGACCUCCCACUUGUCAAGCUUCUUAACAUUUCCAUCACCCUGUCCCCUUUCCUGGGCGUGGACACCACACAGUUCCACACCUCUCUCAUGGAUGGCACCGAGGCCUACUGGCUCAGUCUCCCCUCAGCCCCUCAGGGACAGCUGGUCCCUGUGAUGAGUCAGUGGCGAGGAAAGUUCUGCGUAAAGCUGAACAUCACCAACCCAGGAGCGGUGAGCUGGUUCCUGGACAGGGUGGGAUCCCUGCAGGCACAUUUGGGGAUGGAAUACAUCAUGCUGGAGGGAGGCGAAGGGAAUUUGUUUGAGGAGCAAGCCCUGCGGCCGCCACAGGCUCUCGGUGGAGACAAGUACAUCAGCCUGCUGGCUGACCUUGCCACAAGGAUAGGAGACUCUACCAUCGUGACCGCAGGGACACGGUCGAGCCACAAGCCUCUGUUUGUGAGGAUGACCCCCUUGCAGUCAGACUGGAGCACAAUGGGCUUGAAGGGUAUCAUUCCCUCCCUGCUGCACCACACUCUGCUGGGAUACAACUUCCUCAUUCCUGAUGCAGUAGGUGGCUCUCUGUCUGGAGACCUGGUCACAGAUGAGGAGUUGUUCAUCCGUUGGCUGGAGAUCACAGCUUUUCUCCCUGUUAUCAGCUUCCACACACCACCCUGGGUCUGCGGAGAGGACCAGGUGCUAAACCUAACACGGGCCUACAUAGCGAAGCACCAGAGAGAUGUGGUCCCACUGAUAGAAAAGUAUGCAGAGGAGUGGCAGAUGACGGGAAACCCCAUCUACCGGCCGAUGUGGUGGCUCAGUCCCAAUGACCCCAUGACUUUCACCAUCGAUGACCAGUUCCUCAUCGGAGAUGAGGUCCUGGUGGCACCAGUGGUGGAGAGGGGGGCAGUGCAGAGGGAUAUUUAUUUACCUGACGGGGGCUUCCAGUGGCAGGACAGCCAGAACGCUCAGGUGUUCGAUGGGGGGACGUUCCUACAGGACUACCCUGUGCCUUUGGAGGAGGUGGCUGUUUUCUUACGGAGAAGCUGAGUCACAUGACUGAUCCACCGAGUCAACCGACUUAUCCUGUUACUGUUUUGAAUCAAAUUCUUUUCUUUUUUUUUAGUUACUCGUGCUGUUCUCAACUUGCACUUUUCCACGAAAGACCAUUGACUCCAUCUCAAGGCUUGAGAUGAUAUGUAGAAAGAUUUUUUUUUAUACUUGCACUUUACGGUUCAAAAUGAUUUUUUUCUUCCUUUUUUAAAAUGUUAAUCGGUUUUACCUCUUGGCUGAUUUGUUUCCGGACUUUUUAAUCUGCUUUUUUUGUGCGUUUACAUACUGCAUUUCUACAGUCUUUAAUUUUUAAUCGCUGCUGGCUCUCUUGAUAAGGAGGAACAAAGCAAGCCCCUUGUUUGCUUAAAAUAAUCUCUCAAGAAGACCAAAUGAAGAUAUAGAAUGACAAAGGAAAAAGGCUUAUUGGGAGGAAAUUAUAACUCACAGAAUGCUUCGCACAAAGACAGACGCACCGUGGUACCUAAGUGUUGCUCACUCAUCGGAGAGGCUUUUACUUGAACUUAUCAGGCCAACGGGCUGAUGUUUUAUGAAUGUACCUCAAGUUAUGGUUUUUCACUGCUUUACAGAGUCAUCAGACACAAUAACCUAUCACCCCUUAGCACUUAUUCUUAGCAUAGUUUAAUUUAAUUUAUCUACAUACCACUCUGUCGGACAGGUCUGAAUGUCCCUUAGUACUGUAGGCCAGAUUAAUUUGAGGCCAAGCCAUUGUAAUUGUAACUCUGGCUAUAUUUGAAUUUAGAUGAGAUGUUACCUUCUUACUAACCUGCUGUAAACUAAGGGCUUUUAAAUGGGCGGCUCUUUUUUUUUUCUUACCAAGUCUGUCUGAUAUUGUGUUGAUAUGCUUUUUCGCAAUUAAUUAAGUCAUAAUAACCUUCUGAAGAAAGCCUUGUUGACGACACCACAGAGGUUGGAAUGAGAUUUUAACAGAUAGUUCAACACCUUUGGAAAUCCACUAAUUUGCUUUCUUGAGGAGAUUCAGAUAAGAAGACUUUUACUGUUAUCACACCUGAAUCAUAAAUAAACCUACAACAUGCACCCACUUAGCUUAGCAUUGUGUAAAGCCUGAAAACAAGGGAAAACAGCUAGCCCGGUCCAAAGCAAACAAAAAAUCUGAUGACAAAUACACUUUAUUAUAAAUCACAUACAUUUUCUUGGCAAGGCGUCCAUGCUCACACAAAGUAUGCAAUGAACUAUCCUGAUCUCAAAGCCUAACUUCAACCAAUUGGGCUGCCACGCCGGGCAGGUCUUGUUACGAAGCUAAUAUCUUGUUGAUUUGCUCUGUUCAAAAACAGUGUAGUGUUGUAGUGUAAAAAUGAUGAAUUGUGGUUUUAUUCAGGUUUUCAUGCUAAAGGCCUACUAUUUUUUUGGGCAGAAGCUCUGACUUCCAGUUUUUACGCAAAGCUAAUUAUCUCCUGGCUGUAGACUUCCUUUAUUACCAUAUCACCUUAUUAACAUACAGAUACCUGGACAGCAACUAUGAAGCAAUUAUUGGCAGCCAGAUAGCUUAGUUUAGCUUAUCUUAUCUUAGCUUAGCUUAGCUUAGCUUAGUUUAGUGUCAAGACAACUGGAAAUGGGAAAAUAGCUAUCCUGGUUCUGUCUAAUCCUCCUACCAUUUGCUUAACUGCAACACUGAUUAAUAAGACAUCUUUAUGCUAAGCUAAGCUAACAGGCUGCUACCUGUAGCUUCAUAUUAAGCCUACAGAUAGAGUUAUAUGAAUCUUCUCAUCCCAGUCUUGGCGUAAAAGUGGAUAAGCGCAUUUCCCAAAUGUCAAACUGUUCCGUUGAAUAGAAUGACGUGCGGGAAAGAGCUCUUCAGACCACAAAAUACAUAAAUGAUGCUCUCAUGUGUAAGAAAUCUUAUUGCAGCCAUCUUGGAUUUUUCAGAAAUUGAUGUUUUUGAAAUUGAUUACAGAGGCACAGUAGUCGUGAACCCUGAUUAGCUGUUAUCUUACUCUUUGGACUGUCAUUGUAACCACAUCCACGUCCACCGCUUGCCUUAGUUCAGUCAGAUUACUUAUCUAAGAUCUUGUGUCAACCCUUAAUUAACGCUUCUAAGAAAAUUAUAUGUAAAUAUGAAAACUGAUUUUCUUUUAGGAUUAUAUUCAAAACUAGCCCAUGGAGAUAUAUAUCCCGCUUUGCACCAUGCCAGUCGCUCUAUGUACUGUUAGUUACUUUUCUUUAUUGAUUUGUUUCUUCACUAGACAAUCUUAACUGGCCAGCAGUGAUGAUACAGACUCUGAAACCAUAUCACUUAGUGAAUGCUUUACCACUAAAAUUGAUUGUGUAACUCUGAUCUAACACGUUUACUGUAUCAACUCCAACACUCAGGUCUACUGAAGCUUAUCAAAUCACCAAAUGUCUUAGUGCAACGCAGUAUGUUGUGAACACAUUGACGUCUUAAUCUCUCCCAGAGCUGAAUGUACAAUGGACAAACUGUGAUUUCCCAACCGAGCCCUUCGUGCAAGGAGGUUUUCUUGUUCCCCGUUCUAAUGCUUUUAUGGAAUGCUGUGGUAUGAUCACGUAUAAGUUGCAGGAAUAGCUUUGAUGUGUUAUUCCUUCCCUCUACAGACUGAGUGAAUCAUGUGCCUUAAUAUGCCACUCUUAAAUCUGGACAACAUGAGUGUCUGGAUUAUUGCAGUAUCAGCAAUGUACAUAUUACGAUGACUGUGCCAUUACAAGUGUUUUUCUCUUCUGUAAAUCAGAGAAUUUAGGAUGACAAAGUUGCAAUAAAGUUUACAUUUUCUUACUUCA